AGCCGCAAAGACGUGCUCCCUGUUGGGACAGCAAAACGUCGUAUCCGUCCAUUAGAGCGGGCGGGCGUCUGUUCCACCACAUGGACAUUAUCGCCGCUCUAUACAAUGUUGCUGAUUCUGCUGAUGACCUUAGGCAUGGCACUUGGUGCCGAUGUGCCAUCUUCGACGAACACUUACUUUACUUUGGCUGACAAAGCUCACAUGAAAAAACUGGUGGAACCAGGAUUUCAACUGCAAGACUUGGCUGGUGCAUAUCAUGCUGUUCUUGGGUACAACUUGAUCAAAGAACCCAUUGUUAAAAUUGCUGAAACAUGCGAGUUCUUAAUUAAAGAAGCUGGAAAAACACCUUUGUUACCAGAGCAAGUGUACUAUAUUGCUUCAACUUGGAAGACUCUUGGAAAAUGUCAACAGAAAUCACUUCCUUUGAGUGCUCUGACAAAGGUGCUCACCAGCACGUUGGAGAAACCAGAUUCCACCCCAAAAUCAAUUUAUCAUUCUUUGAAUUCUCUUGUACUACUUGGUCAAAAAAUAUCAGAUAGUACAAAAACAAAGAUAGCCAAAACUUUGGAGGAAUCACUGAAAAAGGAUGGAAAUUUGUUGAAUUUGGGUUAUAUAUUCCAUAUUGCAGCCGAAUUGGGGCCUACUGGAGCUUUUGCUUUUGAUCAUAUUGAAGAAGUAAUGGCUCAAGCUGAUGAAACUGACGGACAAUUUUUACAGUUUGAAGGAGGAUUACCUGUUACAAGUUUGGUAACUAAUGGAAUAUACAAACUUGCUUCAUCAUUGAAGAAAAAGUUACCAUUGAAAUAUGAGCAAAUAGUCAAACUAGCGAAUUACUUUUUGCAACGACUAUCUGUAAAAUCACCAGAAGGUGCUGUUAGUCUACUUUCGUCCAUCGACGUUAUGGCCAAUCAUCCAUCCGAAAAACCAAUUUGCAUUACUUUGUCUAAGAAUGGAGCGGUCAUUUCUGAAGAACAACCCAUGGUUUAUGUAAAAGUUUGCGAUCUCUUUGGCAAUCCUGUUCCAUCAUCAUCUAACUUGGUUGCUAACACCGCUACCAAAGUAGGGGACGAUGUGGUGGUGAUGAGCAAAAAGAAUUUCCAAGUCACAUCUGACAAAACAAUAUUCGGGCUAAACUUCAUGAGUAUAUCCCCAGAGCCUGGAUUUUACAAUAUUGCAGUGUCAGGCCAAGUUUCGAACACUGUGAAGGUCAAAGUACUCACUAAAAUCGAAGUCAAUUUCUUAGAAAUCGGCACAGCUGAUGCGGAUCAGACCACUCAACCAAAAUUAGUCAAAGUAUCGUAUCCUGAAAAAUGCAAUAAAAAAAUUGAGGCUGAUUUUCAACAGAAAUUAGUUAUUCGCUUUGCCCUGAAAAAUGCCUCGAAAAAUAAGUCGAUGCGUGUUCAUCAAGCAUUUGUUCGACUUUCAUCCAUUUCCUCGACAGAAAAAGACCAACCAGAAAUUAUAUUUGUUGCCGAAUCGGAUGCUUCAAACCUUUACAAGUUCGACAUGCCUGUAGGUACAGCAGCCAAAAAUUUCGGUUACCACAGUGGAGAAUACAAUGUUGAAUUAAUAAUUGGUGAUGCACUUCUCAAAAAUUCUUUGAAAUGGACUAUAGCGACUGUUAGCUUGAAGUUCCCAGAGCCAGGAACCUCGGAAGUUGCUAAAGCAUCGACCUACAAACAAAAACCCUACGUUUACGCACCCAAACCAGAAAUUCAGCAUAUGUUCCGUGAGCCUGAGAAACGACCUCCGGCAUUUGUUUCUAACUUGUUUACUGCGUUGUGUUUAUCUCCGCUACUUAUCUUGCUUAUACUUUGGGUGAAAGUCGGAAUCAACAUUUCCAAUUUUCCAGUUUCGCCAAGUGCAAUUUUGUUCCACUUAGGGCUUGGAAGUAUCUUUACACUCUUUGGUGUAUUUUGGUUAAAACUGAACAUGUUCACGACACUUCAAUAUCUUCUUGGCCUGGGCUUGGUAACUUUCUUAUCUGGCAACAGAUUGCUGUCACAAAUCGCUCACAACCGUAAAUCAUCUCGUUGAGCGGUUAAUGUACAGACUAGCUAAGAAAGGGACUGAUUUUUUAUAAGCGAUUACUUGUAAGUUGUUCUUUUUAUUUUUAAUAGAAUUGUGUAAUAUAAAUUAUUAUAGAUUUCACACUAAGUACACAGAAAAAGUUUUAUCUUUGAUUUCAAGGCAAUUAAUACGAAAUAAAAGAGUAUUAGUUACAAAACAAAAUCGCUAACUAAUUAAUUAUUACACUUAUCAUUAACUCAUCGCAAUAGAAGGUAAUUCCUCCACUGAAUGUAGUAUAUCAUAGGUGCAUAACCAGCAGCAUUAAAUUUAUCACAAUAACAAGGCCCAACUCAAA